AUGGCACGCACGAUAGCGAGCCGUACGUACGGCAAGACGUCGACCAAGUCGAAGGCGCGGCGCCUGUUCGGCGAGCUGCCGCAGAGUCCAGUUCGAAAGCCGCAGACGACGGUAGCAGUGGCAGUGGACUCGGAUGACGAUGACUCGAUCAUCAGGAUCUCCGAGAAGCUUGACGCGGUCGCGCUUGGAGCUGAGUAUGACUCUUCGGAAGAUGAGUUGUCGCGAGACUUUGGCUCCAUCGUGGUGGAAUCACCACCAAAGCCAAAGAAGCCCGUCUUGCCGAGGAGACAGGUGCUAUCCCCAAAGAAGCAAGUCCAGGAAUCACCAGGACCAGUCAAGCCCGCAACACCAAAGUCCAAGUCCUCCAAGGUUACAAAGGCUGAAAAGCCAGCGUCACCAGAGCUCCAGGAAGAGCCCAAGCCCGACUACCGCAUCCUCACAUGGGACGAAGUCUGCCCACCAGGAGACACGAUUGAGAAGAUUGCCGAGGCCUCUUACGCCGAGGUCUACCGCGUCAGGAAUGAGCGCGGCACCAGCAUCAUCAAGUGCAUCCGUCUCGAGUCGCCCAUCAAGCCGCAGACCAAGGCACAGGAGCGCUCUGGUCUUGUCGACGAGGAGCCGCAUUCCGAGGACGACAUGCGCGGCGAGCUACAAAUAUCUGAGUGGCUUGCCGACAUCCCGGGCUUCGUCGUGUACAAGGAGCGCUACAUUGUGCAGGGCAAGGCGCCAAAGUGUCUGCUGGAGACGCAUCAGGCCUUUCAUCGAAAGAUGAAGCGGAAGGACCCGGACAGGCUGCAGUUCUACCCGAGUCCGAGCCGGUAUCUUGCCGACACGAAGUUUCUUGUCGUGGAGUUAGGCGAUGCAGGCACGGCGCUGGAGGACUUUGAGCUGGUCAACCAAAGUCAGCUGUGGGACAUCUUCUUCCUCGUUGCCAUUGCCUUGGCGAGGGCAGAAGAAUUCAACUGUUUUGAGAACCAGCAUCGCGAUCUUCACGAGGGCAAUCUCUGCAUCCGGCGGACAGACGAGCCUCAAGCCCGUGGUAACAGCAAGACAGCGCCUCAUUUUGGAUAUUCGGGGCUUGACAUCACUAUUCUCGACUACGGUCUAUCCAGGGCCGAGGACCUGGACAUCGACGACGAGCCCAUCGCGCUGGACCUCGAGAAGGAACUCGGCAUCUUCACCAGCACCCACGCACCGCAGUGCAAGGUCUACCGCCAGAUGCGGUCCUUCCUGAUCAAGGGCGAGCGCGGCUGUCUCCCACCAACAGCGCACAACUCGCCAUACCCCAAGGCAGCGGACGGGCAGCCCCUGUCCUGGGAUGUCUACGUGCCGUACACGAACGUGCUGUGGUUGGCGUAUCUCUACCAGUACAUGAUCAAGGGCUUCAAGGGCGAGAAGAAGGAUGCGGCAGACUUCAAGAAGGCCACCAAGGAGCUCUGGAAGUACCUGGAUCCCGAGGCCAAGGCCGGCACCCCGUCCUUUGGGUGCGCCGCGGAGGUUGUCAGGUUUGCUGUCGAGGCCGGGUGGAUAGGAGAGGAGCAGCUGUCGGGAGACACGGAGGAGAGAGAGGAGAGCAUCAUCCUGUCUCGGGAAGAGGUGGAAGACCUCAAAAGGUCUCCGAGGAAGAGGGUGCGGUGA